CAACUUUUUUUUGCAAAUUGACACUCUCGUCUCUCUUCUCCCACACAAUUCGCUCACAUCUUGUGAGCUCAAUUCAUCUCACCAACACUUCUUUUUUGCACUCUCUUCAGAUUACUGUUCGAUCGAAGCUGCGUCAUUCAACCUCUCCCUACGUAAAUUUUUCUGUUCACUGGUUAUCAGCAUGUCCAUCUUUUGGCGUCGCGGGUCUUCUCUCCAACAGCAAGAGAAGGAGCAGCCUGAGUUGCAAUCAGAAUCGAAGGUCAACGAGCUCAAAGGUACUCUCGGACCACUUUCUGGACGUAGCUUACUUUACUGCAGUGAUGCAUGUUUGAGAAGAUAUUUGGAAGCCCGUAAUUGGAAUGUAGAGAAAGCAAAAAAGAUGCUGGAAGAAACGCUUGCCUGGAGAUCAAGCUAUAAACCCGAAGAAAUACGUUGGCAUGAAGUUGCAGUUGAAGGUGAAACAGGGAAACUUUUCAGAGCAAACUUUCAUGAUCGAGCUGGAAGAACCGUUCUGAUACUGAAACCGGGGUUGCAGAAUACUACAUCAAUGGACAACCAGAUCAAACAUCUCGUGUACCUGAUGGAAAACGCGAUGCUUAAUCUUCCGGAAGGCCAGGAAGAAAUGGUGUGGUUGAUCGACUUUACUGGCUGGUCGUUUACCACUAACGUACCCGUUAGAACCGCUAAAGACACCAUCAAUAUACUACAAGACCAUUAUCCUCAGAGACUCGCAGUGGCAUUUUUGUACGCUCCACCAAGAAUUUUCCAAGCAUUUUGGAAGAUUGUAAAGAUUUUCAUGGAUCCAAAGACAGUCCAGAAGGUGAAAUUUGUGUACCCGAAGAACAAAGAAAGCGUAGAGCUGAUGAGGUCGUAUUUCGACAUGGAUAACCUCCCGGCCGAGUUUGGUGGAAAAGCGACCAUGAAGUAUGACCAUGAAGAUUUCUCGAGAUUAAUGGCUCAGGAUGAUGUGAAAGCUGCUAAAUUCUGGGGUUUUGACCAAAAGACCGGUGGCUACGCUGCUGCGAGUGCAGCAGUGGCUCCUGAGCCCUCUAAGCCAAUAAGUAUUACAGCAAGCUAGAGUGAUCUGAUUAACCAUGGUGUGUAGUGUAGUUGGUUAACUGGUGAUGAUUGUUAGAUCAAUGAUAGCUCUUAACUCUUUUGGUAUGCUUAUGAUGUUUGAACCUUUUAUGUGUUUUGCUAUUCAUCUGUCUUUUGCUAGCAUAUAAUUACAUUUUGAAA